CACUAAAUCAAACCCUCAAACCCUCAAACCACCAAACAACCAACUCUGACCCAUGACCUUCCUCAUGCGCCCGCUGCCCACGCAGCAAGCAGCACAACUACAAUGCUGCCUCAGAACCGGCGCCUACGCCAUCUUCAAGGCAUCUACCUCCGGAACCUGAGCUUUACCCGACCCCACGGUAGGGCUGCCGACGAUCUCGAGGCCGACCUCCCUUCCACCAAGCUCCAGCCUCUUCACGAUGGAACCCCCCAGCUUCACCACUCCAAGUCCUCCGGGAGUCUACUACCCCGGCCAGCCAAUUUCCGACGACGCAGCACGACGCUCGCUAAUAUCAGCCCUGUCACGCGUCAGAAGCAGUUGGAAUACACCGUCGAGAGUAGAGCUGCCGAUGUGUUUUUCUCCCUGCACUGCCACGAUGGCGAAGAACCCGUUUAUAUUAGCGAAGUAGGCGAGCGUGCGAUGAACUUCAAUUUCCGAUUUUUCGACCUGUCGCAAGCUGGACCGACAGUCACAAGGAGACAUCAAUUCAUAAUAAAGAUAUGGGCCAAGAAGCAGCAAUCGUGGGGUUUGCUCUUGACUGAAAACGUCGAUCUGCGUUCCCUGAACUACCUCGGGACCCUACGAAACCACCAAUUCCCCCCCAACUGCCUCGUCUUCCAACUCCUCGAUGGCCCGUACUCCUUCGAGCUCUCGAGCCAGACUCCCGAGCCGAAACAGGCCCCUCCUCUACCCACCUCUUCCUACAAUGCGCUCAUGAAACUCUCCAACCUCGAUAAUUCCAUCCAAGACGCCCUAGCUACGCGCGAAGCCCUCACCGCGCAAAUAAACUCACUUCUCGAGCGCUCGCCUCCAGACGCCGUUCCCAAAACCGAAGACGCAGCCCAGCUCGCCUCGAAAUACGUAGCCUCCCAGGUCCGCAUUCUCCGCGCAGCUCAAGCCCGGAAAGCCGAUCUCCAAGCCUCGAUCGAAGCUCGUCGUGCCGCCAUCCGCGAAGGCCGCGCCGCGCAGGAUAGAGCCGCCGAGGACGUCAAGCACGCGCAAGCUAAACUCCCCGCCUCUCUCGCCCCCCUAUCUUCCACGCGGGAAAGCAUCCACGGCCAACGCCGACGUAUAUGCGAGGACCUAGCACGGAUCUUCCCCAUUGUCCCCGUCCCCUCCGGCGAGCCCCUUUCUUUCAGCAUCUGCGGCGUCGCCCUACCCAACACAGACUACGACCCGACUUCAUCCUCCUCGACGGAGGACUCCAUGGCCGCGGGGCUGGGGUACGUAGCGCAGCUAGCGCACCUGCUGCAGUUUUACCUUUCCGUGCCAUUACCAUACACGCUGUCCCUCUUCGGCUCCCGCAGCAGCAUCCGCGACGAUAUCUCGCUACUCCCAGAUUCCCAGCGCGAAUUCCCGCUAUUCCUGCGCGGCGGCGUUACCGGCCAGUACCGCUUCGACUACGCGUGGUUUCUACUCAACAAAGACGUCGAGACCCUGUGCGCAGCGGUUGGGCUGAAAGUCGUGGAUAUACGGCAUACGCUGCCAAAUCUGAAGUACUUGCUUUACGUAUGCAGCGCGGGCCGCGACGAGGUGCCUGAGCGGAAACGCGGUGGGGUACGGGGUCUAUGGGCGGGACGGAUGAAGACUAAGGGAGGAAGACUGACGGCGGAUGACGGUGCCAGUGUAAGUACGGCUGGCAGUCGCCCCGGAAGCGCGGAUAGCGAGGCGAUAGGGGGCUCUAAGCCGAGGGAGCAGUUGAUGGGGCGGGCAGCCAGUAGAGAAGAAAAUAGCAGUAGUGUGGACGGGAAUGGGAUACGCUCGGGAAGUAGUACUAUUGGACUACCGUUUGAUGAGAGUGCGAAGCUUAGUUUGAGGACGAAGGGAAUGAGGGAGAAUAUUGGGGCUCACGCUUGAUAGUGAGAGCUUGAAGUAAGGCGAGGUGAGAAGAGAUGAUACGAGGAGAAAGGAGAGAGGUGCGAAAAUUAGAUACCCCUUGAAAAGUUGAAAUAAGAAAAGAAAACGAAUAGGAGGAGAUAAGAGUAGGAAUAGGAAAAAGAUAGAAGAGGUAAUUUAGGCGUAGUAAUGUAUAUAACCCCCAGGGGCAAACGUUUGUAUUACAUCCGUAUAUCCAUGGCCCCUUUUCUUGGGUUA